AUGGAUUUGAAGAGUGUUUUAUUAGCAAUAAGCAUACUUCUUUCCGGCUUCGAACUGCUUCAGGCUCAAUCGGUGUGCAGUCUGGACUUCAAUUACAUCACAAAGACACAGUGCUGCUCAGGAUAUUACAACAGUACACAAGGAACGUGUCUCCCGAUUUGCUCCCAACCGUGCAACAAUGGAUAUUGUUCUGGGCCAGAAACAUGCACCUGUUACAGUGGAUACUCGCUUGUUGGUGGAGUGUGCAAGCCCAUUUGCUACUCGUGCGAGAACGGAGUCUGCGUGGCUCCGUAUCAGUGCUUAUGCAAGAACGGUUUCGAACUAAACAGCGUCGGUCGAUGCGUACCACGAUGCAGUGGCAUAUGUCUGAAUGGCAACUGUGCGCCGAGUGGAAGUUGCAUCUGUGCGGAAGGUUACGUUCGCAGUGCCUUGGUAGCGGACAUUGAUGGACUCGCCAAUGCCACACUGUGCGUGGCGAAAUGCGAUAAGCCCUGUCAAAACGGAAGCUGCGUGGGCCGGAAUCGAUGUAAAUGCCAAGAUGGUUAUCGCCCGUCCGUGCGAUCGUUUGAAUGUGAGCCAAUCUGCAGCAGCGAUUGCACCAACGGCAAGUGUGUUGCUCCCAACGUUUGCCAGUGCGAUCAAGGUUACCGGUUCGAGGUCGACAAGUGCGUUCCUGUUUGUGAUCCUCCCUGUCAGAAUGCGAACUGCGUGCGUCCGAAUGUAUGUGAGUGUUUUGAAAGGUUCGUCAAACCCAAUGUCACCAGUAAGAAGUGCGUCCCGUCUUGUGAUCCUCCGUGUGAGAAUGGAGAGUGUGUCGCACCAAACCAAUGCGUAUGUAAGAAUGGUUAUAUACCAUCUCAAAACGUAUCUUCCGAACACAAAUGUGUCCUUUUUUGUGAUCCAAACUUUGUUGACGUGCAAAAUGGUGAAUGUGUGGCGCCAAAUGUAGUGCGUUGUGAUCAAAGUUUUCAACUGACGCAGCUAAGCAACGGCAAGGUGGGAUGUGCUCCUAUCUGCUCGAAACCAUGCCUGAACGGACGUUGCGUUGGUAACGAUCGUUGCGAGUGCUUCGAUGGAUAUAGUUUAUUGGACGAACAGUUUGCAUACGUUUGUAAACCGGUUUGUGAGGCGUCAUGCCAGAAAGGCCAUUGUAUCGCUCCUAACGUGUGCGACUGCUACGAAGGACACGUCCAGAACGGUUCGGAGCCACACGUUUGCGUUCCCCAUUGUGACCCUACCGUUGUCGAUUGCUCCGAGGGACGGUGCACGGGUGUUAACAGCUGUGAAUGCCACGAUGGAUACCGUCUGAAUGCUACCGAAGAUGGCGUCCAACGUUGCCAGCCUGUGUGUGAGUUGGAUUGCUCGUUCGCGACCUGUGUGAAACCGGGGGUGUGUGAGUGCUGGCCGGGUUAUGCCCAGUCGCAGGUGUCCACUGCGUCCUGCGAACCUGUUUGCGUGGGAGGCUGUGAAAACGGAACCUGUGUGGCACCAGAUGUAUGCAAAUGCCUCGAAGGGUUCGUGGAACUGGAUUCUAACUCUUGCCAACCUUACUGCGAUCCGGCGAUCGUUGACUGCACCUCUGGGGGUAACUGCACCGAGCCCAAUUACUGUGAGUGUGAUGUCGGGUUUAGCCUACAAACAUCGACUGUUCCUUUUCGUUGCGUUCCUCAAUGUGUGAACCUCCCGGAAAACGCCAACUGUACGGCUCCUGAUGAGUUUCAAUGUUUGGAUGGAUUUCUACCGGAAUACGGUGCUGAUCUUACGAUCAAUCGAUGUGUUCCUUUCUGUGAUCAAGAGUGUGGCAACGGUACCUGCUCUGCUCCAAAUACUUGCUCUUGCUUUGCCGGAUUCAGAGUGAACAACAACGGCUCGUGUGAGUCCAUUUGCGAGAACGAUUGCGAAGGACUCACGGGAAACUGUAUCGAAAACGAAUGCGAGUGCUUCGAGGGCUACGCAAACAUCGUAAAUGCGUAUCGCUGCACGCCGGUCUGUGAAGGAUGCCGCUUUGGAGAGUGUGUGGCACCGGGGGAGUGCAUUUGCAGCGAGGGAUACAGCAUGCUAAACGAAACAGGCAGCUGUGAACCCCAGUGCAGCAACUGUUCCGUUGGUUCCUACUGCAAAGCACCCGAACAGUGUGUCUGCCUCGAUGGAUGGACCUCGUUCGUCGAUGAAGAGAACGAAAUGCGUUGCCAAUUUGUGCAUAUACCGGAGCCUGAAGCGCACGAAGACGAUUCACGUAUCGUGUGGCUAGCCGUCAUAGGAACUAUAGCCGGCGUGUCAUGUCUGCUAGUCGGCGUAUAUAUCUUGUAUAAGAAAUCUUCAGGAACAUACAAUGCAUCAGUGAAACUGAGUGAUUUAAAAAGCCUUGACUAA